CGGAGCUACCCAUGUGAAACGAGGAAGUGACAUUUCUCCCAUCUUUCGCAUUGCCAAGACUUAAGUGCGUUCAUUUAGUUCGCCGGCUUAGCGCAUAAUAACAUAUGGUUUAUUAAUCUUGACCGCAUUUUAAACUAGAUCCGCGUAUGAUUUUUCUCCUGUGUUUAAAAUCUUGACUGGAAGAAGGUUAUCCACACAUAUCAAGUAUACCUAUAGGAGCUUUCGUUGAACUUUGACUCGACGUUGCUACAAGUUGGCAACCCAUUCUAAGACCUCGGGGACACCAUCAUCAUCGCUCAGCGAAGGAGAAUAAUACAAGCUGCGUGCGAAGUAACAAAUAAUCAGCACACAAUGGGAGCCUUUCAGUCUGUGCCGAAUGAACACGACUUUCAGGAGCUGGCUGACAAGACAGGGUUUUCACUGGAACAGAUCAGGAAUCUUCACAAACGGUUCAAGCAGCUGAGUCACAAUGAGGACACACUACGAAGAGAGGACUUCAAUACCAUCUCAGACCUGUCCUGCAACCCAAUUCGGGCCCAAAUUAUUGAAGCAUUCUUUGACAAAAGGAACUUCCACCAGGACGCGGAGGGGUCCGUCCAGGAGAUCGGGUUUGAGGAGUUCCUCACGGUCAUGUCUCACUUCAGGCCACCGGAGCUGAACAUGACUGAGGAGCGGCGGGAAGCUGUGAGGAGGGAGAAACUGCGCUUCCUCUUCAAUAUGCACGACACUGACAAUGAUGGCACGAUCACCUUGGAGGAGUACAGGCAUGUCGUCGAGGAGCUUCUGUCUCGAAGUGGCACGAUCGAAAAGGAAACGGCCAAGGCCAUUGCAGACGCCGCCAUGUUGGAGGUUGCUAGCAUCACCAUGGGUCACAUGGAACCAGAUGAAUUCUAUGAGGGAAUCACCUUUGACCACUUUCUAAAGAUUCUGAACGGCGUUGAGAUCGAGUCAAAGAUGCACAUUCGCUUUCUGAACGUGGACACUACGACAAUGAGCUGUCAUAAAUGAAAGCUACUCCCUUUCAAAAAACGGCUGGCACCAAAGGUGCAUUUAGUACAACACUGGACUCUUCUGAGCUCUUCUCCAUUUACGUAAUGUAUAUGGAUGAGGAGGCGACAGAGUACUAUAGGUGGUGGUAUUUCAGACUGUUCAAAUCCUAGUCCUUUCUAAUCUUUCCUUAAUGAUUCUGAAACAUGGUGGCCUAAUACUAUUACAUAUGGCACACCAUAUGUAUAGUUUGACCUAUAUGCAAUACAAAGACAGUGUUGACCAAAUACAUCCAGUGACAAAUUAAUAGGCUGCUGUCACUAACUUACCCUCAUGCAAGAAUGCAGGAUCAGCUGAACAGCUGUGAACAUGUAAGCAUGCUGUGAUAGAAACACACCAUUUCCUUGACAAUUAUGCAAGAAUAAAGGAGCAGCUAUUUAAAUAUGCAGUUAUGCAAAAAGAGAAUACAUUUACCGACAUCUGUUAUGAGCUCGCGUGUCAGGAAUCUAGUCAGCCAUACCAUUUGUAACAUAUUAAGUCUGUCCACAAUAAUCUUCAAACCUGUCUCCUUAAAAAAAGAGACUUACUUUUACAGGGCACCUGUGUGCAGAUAUGACAUCACUGAUGUGAGGACACACCAACUGUGCACUGACUAGAGACUGAGUUUUGGUCCCAAGAUUCCUUGUGACAACAUUAACAUCGUGGUGUCGGAUCUCAAAGUGGUGGGGGAUUCGGCACAUGGUCUUGGAUGAGACCACAGUCUCAUGACUGUCUUCUUAAUUGCAGAGGCAUUACCGUGCUCAAGGUGAGAAGUAACACCACCACUAGCAGGAGCUACCACAUAGUGCUGCUUGGGUGAGGAAAAAUAUGUAGCCAAAAACGACCCAAAAAGAGCAGAAAAACAAACGGAGUCUCUGUGACCAAGCAAAGGAGUCGCUCUGAUGGAAUGGCCUCUAAAUUUAGCCUCCCUCUGGGAAUCUCAGAGUACAAGACAAACUGUUUGAAAUUUGCAGUGCUGCACAGGGGCCUGCUCCGGGUGGCCUGGAGGAAUUCACACGACCUGUGCGCAGAUCUAAGCAUUGGCAUGGGCACUUAGCAGAUACUUAUUUUGAACCAGAUACUGACUGUGAGACAGGAGACAUGAAAAAUACUGUCUUGACUGGAUCAUUUAGGGAAUCUUCUGCCGAGGGUGGGGCAUGCAGUCCCCUGCCUUCUUCCCACACUCUUCGACCAUGGUGACAGAAGGA